UUUUUCGAAAAUUCUGUAUUCAAGAUAUUUAGAAAUGGCACGCCAAUGUCAACGUUCUGAUCUUCAACAAAAAGUCGAUGCAUUUAUUGCAAACCAUCGGCCACAAAAUAUUCACCCACCACCACAACUUGAUGAAAAUAUCACUUCAGAGUUACUAUGUCGCCAUAAAGGACUUUUUUAUUAUUAUAAAGGACGACGACCUUUAAGUGCAUUUAACGUAUUUAAAUUGAUUGUUAGGCAAGAAGCGAGCAGGAUGUCUGAAAAUGAUUUUCUUGUGAUUAAUAAUGUGACUGAACAAUUAUGGAAACGGAGUAGUCCUCAGGAAAAAAUGGCAUAUCGAAAUUUUACGAAGAGUAUUAAUGAAAUUUUGUCACAACGAGUAAUAAAUUUUUGUUUCUCUUUUUAA